AUGUCUCCCCCCUCCUCAGCCCAAGCAUCCACACCAUCCUCCUCCCGUGCCCCAUCAAAACCAACUCAUUCCCGCCAAACCUCAACUGCUACAACAACGGCAGCAGCAGCAGGGACGCAAGAACCCCGUCCAUCCAAAGUGCCAUCACCGCGACCCCCGCCAUCACCUCGACAGCCUGCUCUUACUGUCAAGCCAAAAGUACAGUAUACAUGCUACAUUCGCCUCCCCUUUGCACGGGGCGAGUUCCUGGAUCCGCCACGGGUGGAGUGGGAUGCUGGGAAGGAUAGGGCGUUGUGGAAGGUUGUUAGUCUGGCUUCUAAUUCCAAGGACCUAGACUGGGAGGACAUCGCCGCCCGCUUCGAGGUCGAUCUGCCGUUCUUGCUACAGCAGGCUGCAUGGCUUUACGAGCGGCAUCUGGAGGGGAUGAGGAGGCAGAUGCAGAAGUUGGGGCAGAGUCAUGCUGUUCCUCCUACUCCUCCUAUGGAAAGCUCAAGCAUUUCUACCACGCCUGCGGGUGGCGGUGUGGCAAUGCAAAGGCAGUCUAGUCGUGAAGCUGGUGCUGCCGCCAGGAUGCCAUCUGUCAUCAACACCCUCAAAGCUCAAGGUGCGGCAGGUGCAAGCGGAAGUGGGAGUUUGGGCAGUGACGGCUCUUCGCCGGGUACACCGCGCUCGACACACCCUGGAAUUUCGAGGACACCAAGUACGACGACUGUCACGCAAAGUAAGAUCUUGACUAGCAGCAACAGACAACCACAAGCUUUCCAGCGAGCGCCGAGGACAUCUAGCGGAUCGCAACGGCAGCUUCCGAAACUUUUGUAUGCUAAGACUGCUACUCAUGUUGGUGAGAGCGAUGGAGCUGUGACUUCUGAGUCGGACUCUGAGGUGGAGGCGGUAUCGAGGACGGCUAGUCAGGCUUUUCAGCGUGCGCCGCUUGGAAAGAAGUCCGCGGCUUUGAGGCGAGUGAGUUCGGAUGGGGACAGGGAAGGUGAGGACGAUGAAGAUGAGGAUGAGGGAGGCUAUCUCCCAUUCGCUGCUGCCAGUAAAGCUACUGCUCGUGGCGAGCCCAUCGCACCAAGCAAACAAAGACAAGCUACAGGUACAGCUGGGCCAUCUGCUACCAAAUCUGCUGCUACAAAUACCCACCCGCCGCCGCCUCCCGACUCCCCAACAACUUCCUCCACCACUUCCUCCGCCGCCCAAGCCCCAGCAUCCACAAGUUCAGACUCGCAAACCCUACCUCCCACCCGGCCCCCAGGCCCCCUAAGUCCACGCCACCGAGCCCAAAUCGCCAACGCGAACUUCAGCCCUACCUCCCGCUCCUUAGGCCGCCGUGAAGGCUCAGACGGGAGUCCGAGUAUGGGAAGUAGUUUCAGUGAUUUAGAUGGGGAUGCGAGUGUCACGCAGAGCGCGCUUGAAGAGGCACUGUUGAGUGGGGUGCAGAAGGGGAAUUUGAGUCUGAUUGGGAGGGCGGUUGGGAGGAGGGGGUAG